UCCUGCCCCGCUUUCUGCAAAUAGGUGUGCAGGGGGGAAGGGCCGCCGUGCGUAAACGUCGCUUUUACGCACAAGGAAUGCGCAAACGUCUGUGCGUAAACGUAAUCCAGAAGACAUCGAAUUCUCGCCGUGCAUGAACCCUUUUUUGGACGUAACGAUGAGUCACUGAGUCUCUCCGAGGCGACGAGAAGAAGCUGUUGUUGCGAGGAAGGUUCAUGUCCGAUUUCCAGAGUUUGGCGCAAGGGUUGGAGUGCAGUGCGCAACUGCGCAACAGGGGUUGGACAGUAAUUUGUUUCGCGGCUGGAAAAGCGCAUGAAUUGAACUUGUCUGCUCAGCCGCUCCUGUCGUCGCAUGCAUAAAGACGCAUUGUUGCCCAGGAUCCGCAAAAGCGCGCUAACGCCACGGGGAACAUUUCCACACGAACUAACUGCUGGCUAAUGCUCCAGCAGAAGUUACUGGAAACUUCUCGUGGCUUACGUCCUUCUGACUGCUUCUCAUCAAAAUGGACGAACACGUUGAGUCUGCUGCUGUGGUCGGCUGCUCGGACGGGGAGCGCAUCAACCUUAGCGUGCUCAACUGGGAGCAAGUGCAGCGGCUGGACGCCAUUCUCACCGGAUCCAUUCCCAUCCACGGCCGAUGGAGCUUCCCGACCCUGGAGGUGAAACCUCGGGAUAUCGUUAAGGUGGUGAGACGACGCAUGGAGAAGAAGCGGAUACGCGUCCGGGAAGUGCGCCUGAACGGUUCGGCGGCCAGCUACGUACUGCACGAGGACAGUGGUCUGGGCUGGAAAGAUCUGGAUUUAAUAUUCUGCGCUGAGCUCAAAGGAGAGACCGAGUUUCGGACAGUCAAAGACAUAGUUUUGGACGCUCUUCUAGACUUUUUGCCUGAAGGAGUGAAUAAAGAAAAGAUCACACCGGCGACCUUAAAGGAAGCCUACGUGCAAAAAAUGGUGAAAGUGUGCAAUGACUCGGACCGCUGGAGCCUCAUCUCGCUUUCCAAUAACCGUGGCAAGAACGUCGAGCUGAAAUUCGUGGACUCUCUUCGACGGCAGUUUGAGUCAGCGUGGACUCCCUUCCAGAUCCGCCUGGACUCGCUUCUCCUCUUCUACGAGUGCUCGGAGCACCCCAUGGCGGCCACCUUCCACCCCACAAUCCUCGGCGAGAGCGUCUACGGGGACUUCUUCACCGCUCUGGAUCACCUGCGCAAGCGUCUCAUCUGCACAAGGAGCCCCGAAGAGAUCCGCGGCGGGGGUCUGUUGAAGUACUGCCACCUGCUGGUGCGGGGUUUCCGCGCGGCAUCUGACUCGGAGAUGAAACUGCUGCAGCGCUAUAUGUGCUCGCGCUUCUUCAUAGAUUUUCCUGAUGUGAUGGAGCAGCGGCGGAAGCUGGAGUCCUACCUACAGAACCACUUUGUGGACCUGGAGGACAGGAAGUAUGACUAUCUGGCCACGCUCUACAAUGUGGUACAGGAAAGUACGGUGUGCCUGAUGGGCCACGAGAGGCGCCAGGCACUUAGCCUCAUAUCUUCACUGGCGCUGCAGGUUCUGGUGGAGCAGAAUGCCAUCCCCAACACUGCCAACGUGACAUGCUUCUACCAGCCGGCACCUUACAUCUCCAGUGGCAACUUCAGCAACUAUUACAUAGCCCAGGUUCAACCGGUCUACUCCUGCCCGCCGUCGCAUCCUCAGCAGUACCUAGCUCCACCACAGCAUCCCAUGUACGCCACCUGGCUGCCAUGCAACUAAACACAAACACUGAUCAUUUUUAUUUGAUCGCUUUUUGGCCACUUCUCUGGAAAAUGGUGGGGAGGAGGACAUCGAGGGACGAGUGACACACAGUCGAUCCCUGCUUGAGGAAUUGAGGAAAAGAGGGCAAAAUGAGGACCUGAAUUGAGGCAGCAAGCCAGGUUGGUCCUCAUGUUAGCCCCCCUGCGGAGAAGGAGUCCACGCGGGAGGGAAUCCGUAAAGGAACCCAAAUGCUUAGGUCCCAUGAGAUGAAUAGGAGCCUGUGGAGGACUUGAUCCAAAACAGACAUUUAUAUGAAGCCACUGAAGACAUUAAUUGUUGAAGUAAAGAUGAUGCUCCGUCCGUUUUGUCUCCAGAUCUUUUUUGUUUGUUUGUUUUUUUGUACAGCCAAUGCAAAAACAGGAACUGGAUGCUGUUUACAAAUCCACAAAUCAACUUUAAUAUCCAGAAGAAAUAUCUAAACAAUGCAUUCUUUAUUUUUCAGGGGGGGUUUGUAUUUUUUUUUUUCUUCAAGUGCCUUGAUAAUUUUGAAAGGGAAGAGUUUUGUUAUGUGGAAUAAUGUUAAGUUGUCCUCCUGAAUGUAGCGAGCGAGAGACGUCUCGGACCGAUUCCUUUUUGACGUGUUUUUAAAGGCUCUGUUCUUAUCUGCUGCACAAAAUAAAUCCUGACUGCUAUUAAAGGGAAGGGCAACACACUUUAAAAAUGAGGAAAAAUAGAUUGAGAAAGAGAAUGAUGUUUGGCAAAAACAGUGAGGGUGCGAGAACGUGUUUCAAAUCGAUGCUCUGCUCUUAUCUGCUGUUAAACUUUGUUGCAAAAUUGCUUAAACCAGUACACAGCUAGAUAACCAGAGUCAUUUAUCACAGAAAAGAAACAGCUUUUUUAUGGAGAAAUACUUCACUCACUACAUACAUGAAGGAAAAACAAUCAAGACUUUUAUUCCACUUUGGCCAAACUAAUAUUUAUAUGAAGAAAUACAUUUAAAAUCGACAUAACAUACUGAAUUUCAGCUCCAAGAAAAAUUAAAUGUAACACAUUUAUACAAAGUGCUUAAAAAUAAUUAAAAUUACUCUUAAAUUUUGGUCACAAUUAUCAUGUAGUAUUGACAUAUUUAAUUUUGAGCCAUAUUCAUUUUGCAUAUAUGUGCUUUCGACAUGCUGUUGUCAAUGCAGUACUGUGCAAAAGUUUUAGACACAACUAUUGUUAAAAAUGUUCAAAGUAAUACUUACUAUGUAAUAGUUAUAAAUAAGCGCAAUGUGGAUUCAUUUUUCACCUUUAAAAAUAUGUAAUUUCCCGUCUGUGAUAAUUGGAUUAUCAGUGAGCAAUUAUCUACAACCGUCUUUGUGCCAUCACAUUUUGAGCAGCAGAACUACAAAGGAAUAAAAAGCUUUUUAAUUUAUUUAUUAUUAUUAUUAUUAUUAUUAUUAUUAGUUUCAUUAACUGAGGGAAAAAAAUCACUAUUUUUUGCACAAGUAAAAAGUGUUCAAAUUUAUUUUUUAUUCUUUUAGCAAAAAGUUUUUUAGCAAAAUUCUGGGGUGCAUAAAACCUUUUGUGCAGUACUGCCAGAAGGCCUAGGUGUUUACACACCCAUUUUCCCCAUAUUUUGAAUGUAGGCUUUUUGUCAUGCGGUAAUACAGUGCUGUGCAAAAACAACGUGCAUGCAUCUGCAGGAGUCGGUACAUUUAAAAAACAAAGUGGAUGUUUGCCUAUUGGCAGUGCAGUGAGCAGUGGGUCUGCAGCGGGUUCGGAAAUGUGUGCAGGCGCAAAAGUAGAAUCCGAAGACUUAAUUACAUGAAGCUAGAAAAGCUCAAAGGUGAUUUAACAUUCAGGAGGACAUGUCCUGUUGCUAUGGGAGAAAAAGACAAUCACAUGGAUGAUUGCAAUAAUAUGGCAGAUGAGGAGAAAUGAGAAAAUGUGAAAAUAAAUUUCAUUUUUUUGAAGUUGAAGAGCCUCAGCAUGCUGUUUGGUCUAUUUUUUCUAUCAUCUGUAUUUUUGUACAGUUUGUGAUUGACUGUCAUAGCUGACAGAUUCAAAACUCUGUUUUGUGUUGUUGUGCACACCCCCCCCCCCCCCCCCCACCCCAUGCGCUAGUAAAAGUGUAGUGCUUGAACAGCAAAAAUAUAGAUGAGUGGGUGAGUGGAUCCCAGCCAGCUUGUGUCAGCAAUAACUCAAA